AAAUUCUAAACAUCCAAAUUAUUUACUACAUUACAUUAAACAAUGUUUUUUGACGGUUAGUACAUAUGUGCUGUAUUGUAAACAUGGAUUUCUCGUAUCUCCACGUCCUAAUCCUCUUAGAUUAGAUCUCAACACACAAUACAAUACAAUACAAUAUACUACAGUACAAUUUACGAAACCGUUUUUUUCUCCUUAUCUUCAGCUUAUGGGUUAAAUCAAUGUUUAUCUCAUUUUAACACAAUAUUAUCACCUACUACACUACCGAUUUAAAAUCUUGGGUUGGUAGAAAGUUUUAUACUUUUUUUUUUUUUUGAUUCAUUUGCAAGUUUGGUGUUUGAUGAAUUAAUACAUACUUCUAAGAAAUUCAAAGGAUAUUGAUUCUUCUCAUUGGAUGCAAUCAUGCAUUAUCAUUCAACAACUUGUGUCAAUUUGCGCUUUCUGUUUGAAUUACUGCUUCAAGAUUGUUAACUAUAGGUGUGGACUGGAUCCCCCCUUCAAUCUAAGGGCAUUGGCGUGUAGGGAAUUCAUUAAGCUUAUCAGGGUUUGCUCUGAGAGUUGAGGACUUAAAUUAUUUCAGAUGGGGCAUUCUGCAGCUGUGUGGGACUUUAGGGCAGCAACAGAAAUGACAAAGGACCAGAAUGGAGUUAGUCAAGUUGUGCUUCGGACCCCACAAGGCGCUUCGGCAAGGGUGAGCUUGAAUGGAGCACAGGUCACGUCAUGGCGUAAUGAGCAGGGGGAAGAACUUCUAUUCACAAGUAGCAAGACAACUCCAAAGGCACAAAAAGCAGCACGAGGAGGAAUUCCUAUAUGUUUUCCACAGUUUGGAAACUGUGGAUCGAUGGAGCUGCACGGAUUUGCAAGAAAUAGAAUGUGGGUGAUUGAUGAAAACCCUCCUCCUCUGCCUGCAAAUGAUUCCAGCGGGAAAUCCUUCGUCGACCUGCUACUCAAAUCAUCUGAAGAAGACAUGAAAUGCUGGCCACAUAGUUUUGAGUUCCGGCUUCGAGUGUCGCUUACAACAAACGGAGACAUAACCCUGAUAUCACGAGUCAGGAAUAUCAAUGGCAAGCCAUUUAGUUUCUCAUUCGCAUACCACACAUACUUACUGGUUUCUGACAUUAGUGAGAUAAGGAUUGAAGGUCUUGAGACACUUGAUUACCUGGACAACCUUUCCCAAAAAGAACGAUUUACAGAACAAGGAGAUGCGAUAACAUUUGAAUCCGAGGUGGAUCGUGUUUAUCUUAGCUCUCCAAAUAUAAUUGCAGUUCUAGAUCAUGAGAGGAAACAAACAUAUAUUAUAAAAAAGGAAGGUCUCCCUGAUGUUGCGGUGUGGAAUCCGUGGGAGAAGAAAUCAAAGUCGAUGACGGACUUUGGUGAUGAGGAGUACAAACAGAUGCUUUGUGUAGAUGCAGCAGUAAUAGAGACACCAGUGAACUUGAGGCCCGGAGAGGAAUGGACAGGGCGGCUUCAGCUCUCGAUUGUGCCAUCAAGUUUUUGUGGUGACCGUCUCGGUCUGGACAGAAGUGUUCUUUGAGAGAAUGGAAUUGUACAAAAGCUCAUGUUAUCGGAAUUUCCGUUGCAUUUAGCUAUGUAGCAUUAAGUUACUUGCAGUAUAAGUAAGAUACUAAAUAGCAGUGCUUUCUAGGAGUAAUCAGGUUUUCUGUUGUGUUAUUUUCAUGCUACAAAUACUACUUCUAGUUCUAGAAAGAAAAGCCUAUGUUUUUGAUAUUUUGUGAAA